GAAUGACUCGUCUCCAUGGUCGAUGGCUUCUUCUCCACGCUUUGGUGCACCAAGAAGAGUUUUGCUGCGUUCAAUCGCUAGAAAAGAGCCUUCACAGCAGGUCCGUCCUCUAGCAACAUCGAUAUCUUAUUCUAUUAAGUCUCAUGGCCUUCUCAAUUGGGAAGCGAGCUGCCCGCUCGCAACUAUCCCGAUUGACAACCCCCAUAUACCACCCAUCUGCCCGGCGUUAUGCUGCCAAUGCUGCUGCAGUUCCGACAACCUCUACAAUACCUGCCCCAGAUCAGGCACAAGUCCGACGAGAAGCCUCACUACCGAACCCUGAUCCCUCCUCAGACUCUCCUACAGCAGCCUUCCUCAAUCAAUCAGCCCCUUUCAUGGUUCCCACCUACGUCCGUCCACCACCUAUGAUGGUACAAGGCGAGGGAUGCGUGCUGUAUGACAACGAGAACAGGGAAUACCUUGAUUUUACAGCAGGAAUAGCGGUCAACUCUCUAGGCCACGCAGACCCCGAGCUCUCCAGGAUUAUCGCCCACCAGGCACAACGACUCAUUCACGCUUCAAACCUAUAUCAUAACCCUUGGACACCCACCUUGUCCAAACUCCUUGUAGAAGAGACCAAGAAGCAAUCUCCCGGAUCGCCUCUCACACAAGUCUUUAUCUCCAAUUCGGGCUCUGAGGCCAAUGAAGCAGCGAUCAAAUUCGCGAGAAAGGUUACAUAUGCGAAGGACCCUGACACAAAACAGAGAGAUAUCGUGUCUUUCCACGGGUCCUUUCAUGGCCGUACAUACGGCUCACUCUCGGCAACUCCAAAUCAAAAGUACCAACCGCCGUUUGGCCCCAUGUUACCUGGCUUCCGGUAUGGUACGUACAACGACGUUGCAGGCGUAAAAGACUUGGUCAAUAAGAACACAGCUGGUGUGAUUGUUGAGCCCAUUCAGGGUGAAGGAGGUAUCAACAUGGCUACUCCAGAAUUUUUGCAGGCACUACGCAAGAGAUGUGACGAAGUUGGAGCUGUGCUGAUCUUCGACGAGAUUCAGUGCGGUCUAUCACGCACCGGGGAUCUCUGGGCCUAUACCGCCUCAGAAGUGCAUCCUGACAUUCUCACAUCCGCCAAAGCUCUUGGUAAUGGAAUCCCAAUCGGAGCGACUCUCGUGUCUGGCGAGACUGUUGCACCUUUCAUUAAGACAGGCGAUCAUGGUACCACCUUCGGUGGCAACCCUUUUGCUUGUAGAGUGGCUCACCAUGUCUUCGGACGCCUGGCCAAGCCGCAGCUACAAGAGGAAGUCAGGAUCAAGUCAACUCUUUUCUUCAGUGCGUACGAGACGAUGAAGGAAAAAUUCCCUGGUGUUGUCUCAGAAGUCAGGGGCAGGGGACUGAUUGUCGGUUACCAACUGAGCGACUCUGCCAAGGACAAAGCUACGGAAAUCAUCACGGCUGCUCGAGAGAGAGGUUUGCUCAUUAUCACAGCUGGUGAUGGCGUUCUCCGAAUUGUGCCUCCUUUAGUCAUUUCCCAUGAGGAGAUUAACCGUGGUCUCGCAAUAUUGGAGGAGGCUAUGACCGUGGUCUUCAACAAGCCGGAAGAUGUCAAGGCUACAAAAGGUCAACAGGAGAUGGCGAGCCGGUGACGAUAUCAUGGCUCCCCAAGAGCCAGACUUUGAUCUGCCCUUUCCGACACCUUAUCUCUUGUCUCCUUCAGGGACUGUCAUGCCGUGAGCUCCACGGUAAUCUGGGCGUUGGGCGGUUUCCCAUUUCCCGGCCAAGAUCUUUGCCUCAUCCACCAUUUUGAACACUUCGACCUUGAGUGGUCGACAACAGUUGAUCAUCUCCUUCUCGCUGUCGCUGCCGAACCCCCACAAUGACAGGUCUCCGCCAGGACAUGUUGACAAUGCCAUCAACAGGUCCUGCUCGGCAAAGAAUUCGAUGUAGUCGCCCGCGUGCGCCGGGGAAGGAUUCAUGAAGUACCUGCCCUUGUUGUCCAACCCUGUUACCUGGAACAAGUUGAUGACGUCGUGCACAUCGUACUCGGUGAGACCAAAGGGCAUGACAGCUCUGGUCAGGUUGGAAUGGCAGUGGUAAUCGUACGAGGCUUCCGGCCCGGACAAUAGGGUGUUGAUAUACGGAUCACAGCGGGUUCCGAGCAGAUCGUGGACGCGGCCACCGGUCUCGUCCUGACCGUACCAGGAUAGCGAGUCGGCGAUGAUUGUACAUAGAGGACGCAUGAACGGAAGGCAUGACCAGAGACGAUCAUAUGUUGUAACGUGGGAACAGUGCAAUUGCUUCGUUCGAGAAGCCCAAAAUCUCUCCCGUGGAUUGUCCGCGUUCCAGAUGUUCAAGUCCCCUGUCGACCUUAGUAUCGUGCUCUGUCCAUGGUGCGUCCA